CCAUCAUUCAUUCGGCAAUAUUAUCGCUAUUCAUCUGCGAGUUAAUAUCCUGUCGAAGGUCUUGGGCGAGGAUAAACGAACAGCUGGCAGAACGAGUAUUGAGAAGAGGUAGCGCUUGGCGCAAGGGCUCGUUCUUCGAGUCAAAGCAACUGCUGUUGUUUCUGUUUCGAUUUAGCUGCGGGGGGAUCCAAUUCCUCCCCAGUAAGCACUAUCCCACCACCAUGGCCUAAGGAAUACAUUGAUCUUGAAGUUGCAGUGGAUUUUCUUCAUGAUCGAGUUCAGAAUCAACAAUGUGAACUCGAUCAUGAAGAAAAUCCACUGCAACUUCAAGACCAAGAUGAAAAUCAAAUUCAGCAAUUUGAACCCACUCGUACCGUUUAUGACUCCAACCAUUCAUGUUACUGGCCAGCAGAAUCAGCACCAGGCAUCGAACUUCGCCCACUUGGAUUCAGGCCAGGGUCAUAAUCGAGGACCUUCUCCGUGGUUUUUAGCACGAGAAGAUGUACUUCAUGCCAAUUAUACUGACCCUUUCUGGACCUCAACAUUAGACUUCGUAGACUUCAUUUGCACGGACUCAACUUCAGACCCGAAAACAUCCUUAGAACCACCCUCCGUCGAGAUCGAGUGUAGCAUCGAAAAGGAGACGCCGCUGCCGAGCGAAGACACACCCUUUGAAACUUUGUUCUCCGACAACUCCGACAUCUCGAACUUGACGAGCUCAUCCUUACUGCCAAAUGAGGUCUGCAAUCCGAAUAUUUCGACACCUGAUGUCAACGUCAUCUCUGGGCCCUCUGUAACAUCAGGCUCCAUCACCCCGGAAGCAUCCAACAGCACUCUUUCGGACCAGGAGUCUGGGCGUCGUCAUUCACUCUGCGGGCCUUCUAGACCAUACGACCCACAUACUCCUUCUUUUAAUAGCCCCAAAGACGAGUUGACCGGCAAUAGCGACAAGUCAAAACACCAAGCUACUAGGCUCAUCGCCUGCCCCAGCUGCUCGCGCACCUACUCUCGUAAAUGCGAUCUGAAGAAACACCUCACUGUUCACGUCCCUGUUCAAGCUCGGCCUUUUGUCUGCACCUACACGGCCUGCGCUUACCGGUUCUCGACUCGAAAGGACCUAGCCCGGCAUAGCCUCAUCCACUCCCCAGUUCGCUCGUACUUCUGUGCGUUUGUAAAGUGCAAGUAUGCACAGAAGGGCUUUCGAAGGAAAUAUGCGCGGGAUAGGCAUGUCAAAGCGUGCAAGAUGGAUACGGUAUAGAAGGCGGAAGAGACACUAACAGAAACGAGGCGGGAGAAAGGAGUGACUUAAUGAGAAUGAGAUCAGAGGAACGAAGCUCGAUAGUGUAUAUUGCC